CCCUUUCCUCCACACCUGCUGCUGGUCAGCCAGGUUAAUGGAUAAACUUCCUACCUGAAACCAGUCUCUUGCCCGGAACUGACACACCACAGGACUCAGGAACAGGGAUUGUCUGGAAUGAAAACAACUGGACUGGAGUUUUCAGUGACGUUAACUGUAGUUUUUAUCAUCGGGACCGUCUCAGAUACCGCAACUCCUUCAAACGGAUCAGACCAGGCUGAGCUAUAGCUAACGUGGUACCGGGCUUAGGACUGUUAAUACGAGACUUUGUAGCUGGUCAGAACCCAGAGAUGGACCGGUACAGGUACUUUAUUGUUAACCAGAAGAGCGCGCUGGUCCUCGGUCUCCUCCAGUUGGCCUGUGCAGGGCUUUGUCUGGUCUGUGGGUUCAUGGACGCUGUUUUCCGCAAAGAUACCUCGCUGAGUACGACCAGGACCCCGGUGUGGGGAGGACUGAUCAUGGCCUCUCCAGGUGUUUUGGCGCUGUUUGCGUCCCAGAGGAAAAACUCAGUGCUGGUGAGUGUGAUGGUGGCAGCAGCUGGGCUCUCCUGUGUGGCUGUGCUCUUUAUAUUAGGUUAUGCCUGUCUGACGCUCACCUAUGGAGAAGAGGAUGAAGACGUUUUUCACCACCACGACAGUCCUCAAGUGACAUUUGUGCUUCAUCGGAUGGUGAAGGGGGCUAAUGCCACCAUCCUGCUGACCUGCACCAUCAGCCUGGCUCUCUCCUCUCUCAUCGCCUAUGUGGGCUGUCGUAGUCUGCCCUGCUGUGGCUGCUAUGAUGCCAGAACUGGACUGGAGACACUGGUUCCUCAGUGUGACCCCAGUGAGACAGAGAUGGUGUGUACCUGGCAAGCAGGAGGUGAUAAUCAACUCUUCAACUCUCCAGCUCAGUCCAUUGACCAGGGAACCACUGAGGAAGAGGAAGGACCCUGCAAUCUGCCUCCAUACAGCAGACUGACCUGACACACAGCCACAACACAGAGGGACCACUCCUUAACAUUCCUGUUCUCCUCCAUUGAGGACGGGCGUGAUUUAAGAUGUCUACACUUUUCUUUUCUUUGUGUGGAUGGACUGAGGGGAAGAAUCUCAGGACACUGUUGAAGCAGUCUUUAAAACUGGGAAUAUUAUACAGAGAUCUGUAGAGACAUAGAAGUAGUUAGUGCUCCUGAUUAGACUGAGCACUUUGACCUGUGGCAGUCUGCAUUUGCUCUUUGACCAAAGACUCAAUUUAAACCUUGCCAAAGCUGAAUACCUGAAAUGUUGUAAAUUCGUAAAUCUGUAGACGUUUUAUGUGUAUUUAAUAAAUAAAACCUGCCUGAACUGUU